AUAAACUUCAAGGGGUGGAAAACAACAAGAGUCGAGGACAAGAAGUCUGGCUAUAGCUUUUAUGUGGUUAUUUACGAACACCACUUCUCUGUGUUUUUCUGGCGCGCGGCUUCCCCAGGUUUCGGGCCAUCUGCCCAUGUCGUGCCGUCAGCAGUUGAGAGCAUUUCGUCGCAGGCCGACGGCUCGCUAUACCUUGUGUAUGCAUGGUGAAGGCACAAUUACAUAAUGCUGCAGCUUCUGCGUACGGCUCCCGUGCUUAAGCUGCAAAUGACCGGCCGCUAUAUAGAGUAAACCCAAAUACGUGAGCCGGAAAUCGUAUUUAAAGUAGGACAUUCCUCCGUCUAUCCCCGACUUAAACUAGCACAUUUCUUUCUGAUUCACAUAUCUUGUCAGUAUGGGUCUCAUAGAUAGAACCGCACAUUUCGGUCUUGAGGGCAGACCCCUCAGACUCGCAGUUACUAUUGUUGCCGUCACCGGUUUCUCUCUUUUUGGAUAUGACCAAGGUUUGAUGGCCGGUAUCAUCACCGGUGACCAGUUCAACGACGAAUUCCCACCCACUAAAGGUGAGUCGCAUUAUGCCACUGUCAUCCAAGGUGCCGUGACUUCGUGCUACGAAUUGGGAUGUUUCUUCGGUGCUUUAUUUGCGCUUUUCCGCGGAGAAAAAUACGGCAGGAAACCCAUGAUUUUCUCGGGCUCGCUCAUCAUUAUUCUUGGUACGGUGAUCUCCGUCUCUGCGUUCAGAGAGCACUGGGGCUUGGGCCAGUUUGUGGUGGGCAGAGUCAUCACCGGUAUUGGUAACGGGUUGAAUACAGCCACCAUUCCGGUGUGGCAAUCCGAGAUGUCCCGGGCCGAGAACAGAGGCAGAUUGGUCAAUUUGGAGGGUUCCGUGGUGGCCGUUGGUACGUUUGUGGCGUACUGGUUGGACUUUGGACUCUCGUACGUGGACAGCUCCGUGCAGUGGAGAUUCCCCGUGGCGUUCCAGAUUUUCUUUGCCGCCAUUUUGUUUGCCGGAGUGUACUACUUGCCCGAGUCGCCCAGAUGGUUGGUGUCCAAAAACAGAAAGGAGGAGGCCAUGUACAUCUUGGGCAAGUUGAACGCCGUGCCUGCCGAUUCGGACGAGGUGCACGCCGAAGUCACAGUGGUGCAGGAGGCCGUCAACCGUUUCUCCAGAUCGCAGGUCGGCUUCAAGGACUUGUUUUCGGGCGGCAAGACGCAGCAUUUCCAGAGAAUGACCAUUGGUGCGUCCACGCAGUUCUUCCAGCAGUUCACCGGAUGCAACGCGGCCAUCUACUACUCCACGGUGUUGUUUGAGACGACCAUCUUCAACGGCCAGAGAAGAUUGUCGUUGAUUCUCGGCGGUGUGUUCUCGACCGUGUAUGCGCUCCUGACCAUCCCCUCGUUUUUCUUGAUCGACACGUUUGGCAGAAGAAACUUGUUUUUGGUCGGAGCCUUGGGCCAGGGUAUCUCUUUCACCAUCUCGUUUGCCUGCUUGGUGAACCCCACCACGGAAAACGCCAAGGGUGCGGCCGUGGGUAUCUUCUUGUUCAUCACGUUUUUCGGCUUCACCAUCUUGCCGUUGCCUUGGAUCUACCCUCCUGAGAUCAACCCCAUGAGAACCAGAACCGUGGCUACCGCCGUGUCCACCUGCACCAACUGGAUCUGCAACUUCGGUGUGGUGAUGUUCACGCCCAUCUUCAUGAACACGUCCGCGUGGGGCGCGUACUUGUUUUUCGCUGUGAUGAACUACCUCUUCAUUCCGGUCAUCUUCUUCUACUACCCCGAGACCGCCGGUAGAACCUUGGAGGAAAUCGACAUCAUCUUUGCCAAGGCGCACGUGGACGGGCGCCAGCCAUGGAGAGUUGCGGCCACGUUGCCCAAGCUCUCCCUCAAGGAAAUUGAGGAACAAGGCACGCAAUUGGGUCUCUAUGAUGGCGACGCGGAGAAGGACGGAUUCGAUGUCAAGGAGGAUGUUUCUUCCAACACCUCCUCUGACAAGGCCGGGGAGGGCGUGUUGUCUUCGGGGCAACAGAACACUCCUGCCGGAGUUUAAUACGAUACGUAAUGUUUUAUUUUAUUCAUGCUAGAUCCUAGUGUAGCGCUUCUUUGAAGCUGGUGUUUGACCGCAGGGAAGGACACGCCAAGCUCAUCUACGCCUGAUGUAUGUUGAUAAAAUCCUGUUUUGUUCCUGAAAUCUUGUAUGCUCUUCAGAAAAUGUAUGCUUUUAAGACCAUGUUCUGAGACCAUGUAUGCUGCUGAGACCGGGUGUACUUUUGGGAUGAGUAUGGUUUUGAAGAUGAUUACGCUUUGGGAUCAUGUAUGUCUGAUGAGAAAGGAAUGACUCUUAUAACUUGGCUUUUGG